AAAAAAAAAAAAAAAAAAAAAAAGGCAACAGCAUCAAAACCCAAAUCAUCUUCGAGAAGCUCGGGAUCCCGACCCCGCUCCCUCCAGAAAUCCAAGUCAGACGGAAUCCGCUCCUUCGUCUUGAAAAUCAACCGGUCCGACAAGCGCCGUGUGUUCCGCCAGUACUUCCAGCACAUCCUCACCGUCGCCGACGAAAUCGAGCAGCGGAACAGAGAGAUCAAGCUCUACAUAAACCUCUCCAGCGAAAAUGAAAGGUGGCGAUUGGUUCCGUUCACGCACCCCGCCACCUUCGACACCGUGGUGAUGAACGCUGAGCUGAAGAAUAAAAUUCGGUCCGAUCUCGAAAAUUUCCGCGUAUGGAAGUGGAGUUUUUUGCUCUACGACCCCUCUGGCACCGGAAAAACCAGCUUCGUCGCCGCCAUGGCGAGGUUCCUGAGCUACGACGGGUACGACGUCGACAUGUCCAAAGUCGCCGACGACUCCGAUCUGAAAAUGCUUCUCCUCCAAACGACGCCGAAGUCGCUGAUCGUGAUGGAGGAUCUGGACCGUUUCUGGACGGAGAAAUUCAUGGCUCGCAGUAUGCUUCUUGAAAUUGGAAAAAAUGAGGAGAGAAACUCACCAUCUGGAAUUAAGUUUGCAACGCUACACGAGCGAGGAUCUAAGUUGCAUUUGAUUUGAAGAUCUGGUGGAGCUUGAACACCAACUGGAGGCGUCUGUUAACAAGGUUUGAACUAGGAAGGAGGUUUCUGAGUUCGUCGUUAAUGGCGAAAGUGGGGAGGGACUGCAGGAUUUGUCACCUGAGCUUGGAUGCAACAAAUCAUGAAUCUGGGAUUCCUAUUGAGCUGGGGUGUUCUUGUAAGGCUGAUUUGGCUGCUGCCCACAAGCAGUGUGCUGAGGCUUGGUUCAAGAUCAAAGGUAACAAUGCGUCUGCUUUCUAAUUCACGACUUUGGUCAACACUCUCGGCAGAGACACUUGCCGGUCCAAGCUCUGGUCAACACUCCGGUCUUUGAGCAUAGCAGUCAUGGUGGCAGACGGCUCCUGAUCACCGACAGACCAACGUGGCAAAGUCCUUAUUCCGUCUAAUUUCAGAAACAAUCUUCCUGCAAUACGCAGUGGAGGUACCAAGAAAAGAAGGUGGGUGGGGUCGAAGAGGUUGUCCAAAUAGCUGUGCCCUUAAUCAUGUCGUCAAGCGACAUAUCAAAAGCAGAAAAGAAGAAGGCAAAGAGAAAAGC